AUGAUCUCGCCAAACAUGAUUCCCUGCCCCUUGAGUUGCUGUAUCAACCCCGGGGAGAAGCAGAACCCCAACCCCGUUUUCAAACAGCAGUACGUGACGGAAGCAGGCCAGAUAAAGAUGAAGAUGCCGAUAUCACCCAUGCAUUACAUCACCCGGGCAAGCUACCUCGCGCACGACGACCGAGUCCCGCUGAGGUUCGACCCUGGCUACGCCUACUACAACGAGAGGCUGCGUCAGAACUCGAGGCCCGUGGACACCGAGUACAAGAGCGACAUCGGACGGAGGAUAGCGACGCCGCCAGUCUCAUUCGUGGCCCAUCCCAGAAAGAUCCCGUCCGGCCAACUGAUAGACCGCAGUCACUCUAACCUCGGAGGCAUAGGCUACACUCUGAGGACCAUCGACGCGAGGCUGUCUAGGAUUGAGCUGAUCUGCAGGAACAACGAGGAGGAGAUAAGGGACAUCAUCCAAAUUUUAAAGCCAAGGCCUGAGGUCGACUCAAACGUGGACAUGAUCAACGUCAACUCCAGGGACUCCCAGGUGAUUCAAACGAGAGAAAUGGACGCCAAGGAGUUUGAGCAGUUUAUGAAGAACCACGAGUCAGUGGGCUACAACUUUGCAAAGUAUAACUUGAAGUACGGAAACUCAAACGACAAGGUCGGCGCCUCUCCGGUGCUCCAAGCCGAGCAGGCUGCAUUCAACUCCGGACUAAACCUCUCGCCCGAAUUCGCGUCCAAAGAGGAGGACAAGAUGUUCGACGUCUCCGAGGACCUCAAAACCUCCAAUGACAUUCUUGAGAACUACAUCAGGAGCAUGAGGUUUGAGGGCGUGGCCGACGCUGAAAACAAGCUGGACGUCCUCUCGUCCGACUACGCAUUUUUAAGUGUUCGCAACAACGCCACGGAGGAGACUGAGGCCGCCAAGGCCCAGGAGCAGUCCGCGGUGUCCAACAUUGAGAGCGUCGAGGCCAAAUUUAAGAAGCUCCUCGUGAUCUCGGACUCAAGGUCCUCCGAGCAGGCUUCUCAGGAGGCAGCCGACAAUUCGAGCGGGUCUCUUUCCCUCCUCGACGGUCUCAAGGCCUCCAAGUCCGCCUCCCUUUUGAUGAGGGCUCUCGCCAGCUCAGGCGCCUUUGCUCAGCCCUCCAGGUCUGCAGACUUAAAACUGCCCCGCAAGACCCCCGAAUCAUCCCAUUCCGAUCUCUUCAACAACCCUCUAAUUAAGCUCACUGAUAACGACAUCAUCAGUUUGUUGAAGGGCAUUGACAUUCCCAGCAAGAUCAAGGAGGCUAACUUGACUGCGGAGGAGCUCCUCUUCCUGCAGGGCCUUAGCAGGUCUUCCGACGACCUCGUCGUCGACAAGACCGUUAAGGAGUCCUCCAGCAUUGACGACAGGAACGACUCUUGCGGCGACGACUUCAAAUGCGACAUUCUUCUUCCCACCAGGGGCGACUUCGCUCCUCUCCUGAGGGACGACUCCAUCCACGCGCUCAACUCGAAAUCAUUGGAAUAA